CAUGCUUUGAGACCAGGGGAUCUUGAUGCUCUGAAAUGAAGAUGGAGGCAGUGGGAAAAACAGAAGAACUUGUUGAUUCAGAAGUUCCACCAAAGACUUCUGCAAAGCAAGAGACUGCUCCUGAUGAAGAUGGACCUAUAGAACUUGAGACACAAAAUCAGAAGGAUAACAUGCCCACUGCAGCAGACUCUGCAGUGCUCUCUUCAAUGCCUUGCUUACUGAUGGAACUGAGGAGAGACUCCUCAGAAUCGCAGUUAGCGUCUACAGAGAGCGAUAAGCCGACUGGUGGUCGAGUUUACGAGAGUGACUCUUCUAAUCAUUGCAUGCUUUCACCUUCAUCCAGUGGGCAUUUGGCUGACUCAGACACCUUGUCUUCCACAGAAGAGAAUGAGCCCUGUCAGGCUGAAGCUGCUGUAGAGGGAGACCCUUCUGCAGUUUCUGGGGCUACAGUUGGGAGGAAAUCCAGGCGAUCCAGGUCUGAAAGUGAUACUUCAACAAUGGCUGCCAAGAAAAACCGACAGUCUAGCGAUAAGCAGAAUGGUCGAGUUACCAAGGUAAAAGGCCAUCGAAGCCAAAAGCACAAAGAAAGAAUCCGUCUCUUAAGACAGAAGCGGGAGGCAGCUGCUCGCAAGAAGUACAACCUGCUGCAGGACAGCAGUACCAGCGACAGUGACCUGACCUGUGACUCGAGCACGAGCUCAUCAGAUGAUGAUGAAGAGGUUUCAGGGAGCAGCAAGACAAUCACUGCAGAGAUACCAGAUGGACCUCCAGUUGUAGCUCACUAUGAUAUAUCAGACACAAAUUCAGACCCAGAAGUGGUAAAUGUGGACAAUCUGUUGGCGGCUGCAGUAGUUCAAGAGCACAGUAAUUCUUUAGCAAAUCAAGACUCAGCAUCUACCUGGAGAGCCAGAGGGCUGCUAGAUAAACUGAAUGCUGAUGCAGGUCACUUGGAUCCAGGCUUCAUUGUGAGUGACAAAACCUCUUCUGGUAAUGCCCAGAUCACUGAAGAAAUUAAUAUCACCUCUUCUGAUAGUGAAGUAGAGAUUGUUGGAGUUCAGGAACAUGCCAGGUGUGCGCAUCCCAGGGGAGGCGUGAUUCAGAGUGUGUCUUCCUGGAAACACGGCUCAGGCUCACAGUACGUUAACACUCAGCAAACACAAUCAUGGACAGCUGUGACUCCCCAGCAGAAUUGGUCUUCGCCCCCAGAAGUAGUAGACCUCACUUUGGAUGAGGAUACCAGGCGCAAAUACCUACUGUAAUGCAGUGCCGCCGCGUUUCUGUCCCCACCCCUUCCCCCUUUUGUGGCACAGAUGUUCACUGUUAAAACUUCAGCUUCAGAAGCCCUCUUCCCGGCAUUAUCAAAUCCAAACUCACAAAGUUUUUCAGUUCUAUAAGAAUGUAGUAUAAUUUCAAUAUCAUUUAAAAUGGCUUUGCCUUCUCAAAAGGAGGAUUCCUCCCAGAAUGAAAAGCUAAUAGCACCAAAUUUAAAAUGCAUCUGCGGUUACUAACGUGUGUGUGUGUUAAUCUGAAGAAAUAACUCUGUGCAAACUUAUGUCCACCUCCACCUUCAGAGCUUUCUUAAUUUAUCAGUAUACUGAGUUUGUUUGUAGAAGUUAGUGUUUUGCUGUGUGAGCAUCAGUGGUUUUUAGAAUUGCUGUGUCCUUGCUGAUUUCAGUGGAAUUGGGGUUAUUCAACACUUCUGGGCCAAGAGUAUUUCUGCCGACGCUGAUUUGGUUAUCCUACCAGCAGAAGGGACUGUCCUUGAUACCAACGGCCCAUAACAUAUGCACUGAAUGGCUUUUAAUUAAAGAAUUUUUAUUUUCAGUAUAAUUUAUAGUUUACACUUUCUUCAGUGCUGAGUCUUCUGUCUACUCGACUACUGUGUUUCACUGAUCGUUUCCUACAGCUUGUUAUGGUUUAAAAUAGUAGUAGUAGUGACUUGGUAGCAGCUGAUGAUGGCAAAAGCACAAGAAAAAGCAACAAAAAGGUCCAGCAUCCUGCUCUCUUUUAAGUAGAGAUGAACUUCUAUUUUGUUUUAUUUUUUUAAUCUAUAUCCAAGUCUUGCCUGGAGUACAAGGGGAGAAAAACUUUUUGCUCGUAAUCCUCAUCGCUGCUGAUCCUUAUUUUGCUUCACUGACCAUUUUGAGGAGAAA